CAGGGCCGCUUCAGCUCUCGGAGUAGGAAGCUCGGGAGCUCCGGCUAUAAGGAGCCGCAGCGGGGGGAAAAUGGAGCCCUUCACCAAUGAUCGACUUCAGCUCCCCAGGAAUAUGAUUGAAAAUAGCAUGUUUGAGGAAGAGCCAGAUGUGGUGGACUUAGCCAAAGAACCUUGUUUACAUCCUCUAGAGCCUGAUGAGGUGGAAUAUGAGCCCCGGGGUUCCCGACUGCUGGUGCGAGGUCUUGGAGAACAUGAGAUGGACGAGGAUGAAGAGGAUUAUGAGUCAUCUGCAAAACUACUGGGCAUGUCCUUCAUGAACAGAAGCUCAGGCCUUCGGAACAGUGCAGCUGGCUAUAGGCAGAGUCCAGAUGGGGCCUGUUCAGUACCCUCUGCAAGGACCUUGGUGGUCUGUGUUUUUGUCAUUGUGGUUGCUAUCUCUGUAAUCAUGGUGAUUUACCUACUGCCUAGAUGUACCUUUACCAAAGAAGGCUGCCAUAAAAAAAAUCAGUCAAUGGAACUAAUUCAGCCAGUUGCAACAAAUGGGAAGUUAUUUCCUUGGGCACAAAUUAGGCUUCCCACUGCCAUUAUGCCACAGCGCUAUGAACUUCACCUACACCCAAACCUAACCUCAAUGACUUUCAGGGGUUCUGUGACAAUUUCAGUUCUGGCUCUUCAGACCACAUGGAAUAUCAUUCUUCAUAGCACAGGUCAUAAUAUUUCAAGAGUGACUUUAAUGUCAGCACUUUCAAGUCAAGAAAAAGAAGUUGAAAUCCUGGAAUAUCCAUAUCAUGAGCAAAUUGCCAUUGUUGCCCCUGAAGCCCUUCUAGCAGGACACAAUUAUACCAUGAAGAUAGAAUAUUCGGCAAAUAUGUCUAGUUCUUAUUAUGGGUUUUAUGGUGUCAACUAUACAGAUGAAAGCAAUGAGAAAAAGUACUUUGCAGCAACUCAGUUUGAACCCCUGGCAGCAAGAUCUGCUUUUCCUUGCUUUGAUGAACCAGUGUUUAAGGCCACAUUUAUCAUCAGGAUCAUAAGGGAUGAGCAAUACACUGCUUUAUCAAAUAUGCCUAAGAAGUCAUCAGUCCUUAUGGAAGAUGGACUUGUUCAGGAUGAGUUUUGUGAGAGUAUGAAGAUGAGUACUUACCUGGUUGCUUUCAUUGUGGGAGAGAUGAAGAACCUGAGUCAGGAUGUAAAUGGAACCCUGGUUUCGAUAUACACUGUGCCAGAAAAGAUUGGUCAAGUUCACCAUGCCUUGGAAACAUCUGUGAAGCUUCUUGAGUUUUAUCAAAACUAUUUUGAAAUUCAAUAUCCACUUAAAAAAUUGGAUUUGGUGGCCAUUCCUGAUUUUGAAGCAGGAGCAAUGGAAAAUUGGGGUUUGAUAACCUUCCGAGAAGAGACUCUUCUGUAUGACAAUAAUACUUCUUCGGUGACAGAUAGAAAACUGGUCACUAAAAUCAUUGCUCAUGAGCUGGCCCAUCAGUGGUUUGGUAAUCUGGUAACAAUGCAGUGGUGGAAUGACCUAUGGCUAAAUGAAGGUUUCGCCACUUUCAUGGAGUAUUUUUCUUUGGAAAAAGUAUUCAAAGAGCUCUCCAGUUAUGAAGAUUUCUUAGACGCUCGAUUUAAAACCAUGAAGAAAGAUUCGUUGAAUUCAUCUCAUCCAAUAUCAUCAUCUGUUCAGUCUUCAGAACAAAUUGAAGAGAUGUUUGAUUCUCUUUCCUAUUUUAAGGGAGCUUCCCUCUUGUUGAUGCUGAAAACUUAUCUUAGUGAAGAUGUAUUUCAACAUGCUAUCAUUCUUUACCUGCAUAAUCAUAGCUAUGCAUCCAUUCAAAGUGAUGAUCUCUGGGAUAGUUUUAAUGAGGUUACUAACAAAACACUAGAUGUAAAGAAAAUGAUGAAAACAUGGACCCUGCAGAAAGGGUUUCCUUUAGUGACUGUUAAAAGGAAAGGAACAAAACUUUUCAUACAGCAAGAGAGAUUCUUUUUAAAUACGAAGCCUGAAAUUCAGCCUUUAGAUACAAGUUACCUGUGGCAUAUUCCAAUAUCCUAUGUCACUGAUGGAAGAAAUUAUUCAAAAUAUCGAUCAGUAUCACUACUGGACAAGAAAUCAGAUAUCAUCAAUCUUACAGAACAAGUACAGUGGGUCAAAGUCAAUACAAACAUGACUGGCUAUUAUAUUGUACAUUAUGCAGACGAUGACUGGGCAGCACUAAUCAAACAGUUGAAAAUAAAUCCUUAUGUUCUGAGUGACAAAGACCGAGCCAACCUCAUCAACAACAUCUUUGAACUUGCAGGCCUAGGCAAGGUGCCUCUUCAGAGGGCCUUUGAUUUGAUUGAUUAUCUUAGAAAUGAGAGCUAUACUGCACCCAUCACUGAAGCCCUGUUCCAGACUGGCCUUAUCUAUAACCUUCUUGAGAAACUGGGGCAAAUGGAUCUGGCCUCAAGACUGGUGACCAGAGUAUUUAAAUUGCUUCAACACCAAAUUCAACAACAAACUUGGACUGAUGAGGGCCCCCCAUCUAUGCGAGAGCUUCGAUCAGUCUUGCUAGAAUUUGCUUGCACCCAUAGCCUGGAGAAUUGUAGCACUGAAGCCAUGAAGCUCUUUAAUGAUUGGAUGGCAUCCAAUGGAACUCAAAGCCUGCCUACUGAUGUCAUGACUACUGUGUUCAAAGCUGGAGCAAAAACUGAGGAAGGCUGGUUAUUCCUCUUAAGCAAGUACAAAUCUAUAGGCUCUGAAGCAGAGAAAAACAAAAUACUUGAAGCUCUUGCCAGCUCAGAGGAUGUAUGGAAACUUCACUGGUUAAUGAAAAGUAGCCUUGAUGGAGAUAUCAUCCGAACACAAAAGUUGUCAUUUAUCAUUAGAACAGUGGGCCGACGUUUUCCUGGACACUUAUUGGCAUGGGAUUUUGUCAAGGAGAACUGGAAUAAGCUUGUACAGAAGUUCCAUCUUGGGUCCUAUACCAUACAAAGUAUUGUUGCUGGAUCUACUCACCUGUUUUCAACGAAGGCACAUUUGUUUGAGGUCCAGGCAUUCUUUGAAAAUCAGUCGGAGACAACCUUUCGGCUUCGUUGUGUCCAGGAGGCCUUGGAAGUCAUUCAGUUGAAUAUCCAAUGGAUGGAGAAGAAUCUCAAAAAUCUGUCUUGGUGGCUGUAGCAUGCACAACUGCACCUCGUUUUGUCACCCAUUUAGAGAGCUUGUGAAUUUGGGCUCUGUUGCUUCUGCCAAAGCCAAGGUGAAGCCAAGACUGUGGCAGAGUUGUUUGCACUGUUAAAAGUUCUAGUUAGCUCAGGGCCCAACUGUCUUUUCUGAAAUGUCUUUAGGCAGUAUGUAGUUAUUUAUUACAAAAUUAUAUUCAUCUGUAUGCCAACCAUCUACAAAAACAAUAAGUAAUUUUUCUACCUUGAAGAUAUAUGGGGAAAAAAUCAUUUUUGGAAUUCUAUCCUAUUUCUCAGUGUCCAGGAAGUUAUUGAGCCAGUGAAACAAGGAAAGGUCUGCUGUAAGACCCACCGUCUUUGCAUGCUGCUGGUUUGGCAGCCCUUUGUUGCUUCUUGUUUUCAAAUGCUAUUGAAAGGUGGCUCAGAGCUGGCCUUGAAGGGUAUGAUAAUGAAGAUGGUGACACAUGCAGCUGCAGAGAACUGAUUUGUGUGCAGAUCUACUUUUGAUUUUAGGGUUUUGAGUAAUCCUUUAUUUUCUGAAAAAAGUUUAAAUAAUAUCUCUAUUAUAUUUUUUUUCCUGCACAAUAGCUGGGUGCUACAGAAUUUUUUAAAAAUUUUUGUUGUUAUUGAACAGAUAAAUAACCAGGACAAAAGGUUAAAUUUUCCAAAUAUUUAAUACUUUUUGUUUCAUCUAUAUAGUGUUACCAUAGGAAAAUGUUCCAAACUGAGUUAGAGUUAAUUAUAAUUAUUUUUUUCAUGAAUGCCAAUAAUCCCCAAAAUCUAUACACUGUCAUCUCUCCUGUCCUAGAUAGGCCUUUUUUUCAGUUAAAUAUUUGUUUUAGAUAAAUAUUUCUGUGUUUGUGACAAACAAUCUGUUAGCACUGGUGUUUUUCAUUGUGACUUGUAUCUCUAGUACUAAGAAUGCAAUUUGCUUAAGUUGUCUUUUGACCUCACAGAUCAUAGAUGCUUUCUCUCUAAAUCACACCCAUGUGUGGAUUUUCAUUUUAUAUGAUACAGUGGCAUAUUAGAAGCAUAUUUUAAAAUAGGGCCUUUGAGAAAUUAAAAAAUUUUAUUUGAAGUUCACCAUAGUACCUUAAAGAAACAAAGAGAAUGUGGGAUAGGAAUAAAUCAAAUUCAUGCUUAA